AAAGAAAAGGUUUGGCUGUUUAGGCAGACGUCUCGCUACCAAAUCCGUGAAAUCUGUCAGCAAUCAUGGGUAAAGGAGGGGGUACAUUUGAGAGACUACUGGAUAAAGCCACAAGUCAGCUGCUGUUGGAGACAGACUGGGAGUCCAUCCUGCAGAUCUGUGACCUCAUUCGCCAGGGAGAUGCCCAGGCAAAGUAUGCCAUCGGCGCCAUCAAGAAGAAGCUGAAUGAUAAGAACCCACAUGUGGCCCUGUACGCACUGGAGGUCCUGGAGUCAGUGGUGAAAAACUGCGGCCAGACUGUCCACGAUGAGGUGGCCAGCAAGCAGACUAUGGAGGAGCUGAAGGACCUCCUCAAGAAGCAGACAGAACCGAACGUCAGAAACAAGAUCUUGUACCUGAUCCAGGCGUGGGCCCACGCCUUCCGCAACGAGCCCAAGUACAAAGUGGUGCAGGACACCUACCAGAUCAUGAAGGUGGAGGGGCAUGCCUUCCCCGAGUUCAAGGAGAGCGACGCCAUGUUUGCAGCUGAGAGGGCUCCUGAUUGGGUGGAUGCGGAGGAGUGUCACCGGUGCAGAGUGCAGUUUGGGGUCGUGACCCGAAAGCACCACUGCAGGGCGUGUGGCCAGAUCUUCUGCGGGAAAUGCUCCUCUAAGUACUCCACCAUUCCCAAGUUCGGCAUCGAGAAGGAAGUGCGCGUGUGUGAGCCCUGCUUCGAGUUCCUCAACAAGAAGGCGGAAGGUAAACCGGCUGGCGCCGGCCCAGCAGAGCUGCCCCCAGAGUACCUGACCAGCCCGCUGUCCCAGCAGUCUCAGGUAGUGGUCGAAGGAACAAUGCCCCCUAAGAGGGACGAGGCGGCCCUGCAGGAGGAGGAGGAGCUACAGCUGGCCAUCGCCCUAUCACAGAGCGAGGCUGAGGAGAAGGAGAGAAUGAGGCAGAAGACCUCGUACGCUUUGUAUCCCAAAGCUGAGCCGACUCCAGUGACCUCAUCAGCACCCCCUGUCAGCUCUCUCUACUCCUCUCCUGUGAACUCCUCUGCGCCCCUGGCUGAAGAUGUGGACCCAGAGCUGGCACGGUACCUGAACAGGACUUACUGGGAGAAGAAGCAGGAUGAGGUCCGCCGGAGCCCCACCCCUUCUGCUCCUGCACCCGUCCCAUUGGCCGAACCCCUGCCAGUCAGCCAGAUCAGCCAGCCUGUGGAGAGCCAGGCCCCUGCCCAGCCAGUCAGCGUCGUGGAGCAGCAGUACCAGAAUGGGGAGUCGGAGGAGAACCACGAGCAGUUCCUGAAGGCGCUGCAGAACGCCGUCACCACCUUCCUGAACCGCAUGAAGAGCAACCACAUGCGCGGCCGCAGCAUCACCAACGACAGCGCCGUGCUCUCGCUCUUCCAGUCCAUCAACAACAUGCACCCGCAGCUGCUGGAGCUGCUCAACCAGCUGGACGAGAAGCGCCUGUACUAUGAGGGGCUGCAGGACAAGCUGGCGCAGGUUCGAGACGCGCGUGCGGCCCUGAACGCCCUGAGGGACGAGCACCGCGAGAAGCUGAGGCAGGCGGCCGAGGAGGCGGAGCGCCAGAGGCAGAUCCAGCUGGCGCAGAAACUGGAGAUCAUGAGGCAGAAGAAGCAGGAGUACCUGGAGAUGCAGAGGCAGCUGGCCAUCCAGAGACUGCAGGAGCAGGAGAAGGAGAGGCAGCUCAGGCUGGAGCAGCAGAAGCACACCAUCCAGAUGAGGGCGCAGAUGCCGGCCUUCUCCCUGCCCUACGCUCAGAUGCAGUCCCUGCCCCCCAAUGUUGCCGGGGGGGUUGUGUACCAGCCCGCGGGCCCCCCCAGUUACCCCGGCACCUUCAGCCCCUCGGGCUCAGUGGAGGGGUCACCCAUGCACACGGUCUACAUGAGCCAGCCGGGCCAGACCGGCACCGGGCCCUACCAGGCCCCGCCUGUCUCUGCCACAGACCCCAGCAUGGUGAACGCCUACAUGUACCAGGCCGCAGGCUCCACCGGGCAGCCCGCCGUCCCCGGCCAGGCCGUGCCCACCACCAGCCCCGCCUACUCCAGCUACCAGCCCACACCCACGCAGGGCUACCAGAGUGCAGUAUCCCAAGCUCAGACCAUCCCCCCCAUGUCCCAGGCGGCCCCCACCAAUGGCAUGGGUUACAUGGGCUACCAGCCCUACAACAUGCAGAACAUGAUGUCAGCGCUGCCUGGUCAGGACCCAAACAUGGCCGCCCAGCAGCCCUACCUGCCGGGACAGCAGCCGAUGUACCAGCAGAUGGCUCCCCCUGGUGGCCCUCAGCAGCAGGUGCAGCAGCAGCAACCGCAGGCACCACCAGGCAGCAGCGAGGCUCAGCUGAUCUCUUUCGACUGACCACGUACUUCUGCUGCCCUCCUCCAUCCACCAGGGUCCAAAACACUACACCCGCAUAACAACACCCCCCCUCCCAGGCCUGAGUGUGCGGUCCUCCCCCCUAGCAACCCUCCGCCCUCUCCCACCCUAGACUGAGUGUCCAUGGUCAACAUGGAUCAAAUGGACAGACAGUGCUGGCUUGUUACUGUCCCAGAGAUCACACAAAGAUCAAGGAGAGAUCAUACCUCCUCUGGUGGGUGUGGUCCCUCUUAUCCUGUCCCUCUGUGCACACCUUGAGGUUCAGAGGGCAGGGAAAGGGCGUGGCGUGGUGGGGUGGGGCAGGGCGGUGUCAGCACACCUCAAACCCCCAUUAAAGUCGCUUGGCGCUCUCGUCCAUAUACAUGUAGUGUUUCCUCAUGAAGAGAAAGCAGAAGCUUAAAUAGUCUUGGUAUGAAACAAGUAAAUAAAAUGUAAGCAAACGCAUAAAAAGACGAGACUAAACUAUGGUGUUUCAUAUUUUUUGCUCAUAUUUUUCUAAAGCCUGUCUAAUUGCAUGCGUAUCGGAUCUAGAAGAGGAAUUGGGUGUGGCAGCUUCCUUUGAAUAUACUUGCCUCUGAUUGGAUGAAAUCGUAUUGUAAAUCACAGUAGAGGGGCUGGCUCUGGGAAGAAGGCAGUGUCAGUGGCAGGGCCUGAGAGGUAUAUCCACCAAUCAGCACCCUCCACUCAUCUUUAAAGAAUUCUGGUAAUCCCAGCAUUCCAUCACAGUUAUGCUGUUUCCAUUCUAAGAUGGUUGAAAGAGUUUGCAUUUUUGAUAACUGUCUAACUACUCCCAACAUUUGCAGCUCUGAAAUGGUAAAUACACCGCCUCUGUGCCUUAAUGACUCACAGUAGGGCACCCCGGCAGCGCAAUUUUCCAUCUUAAAGCCUCUGGUAAGAAGUCAUGUGAACUUGAUUACAGCACUUUGUCCUUUAAUGGGUUUAUGAAUCUGGGCUGCAGGAUCAUUUUACUUUCAUCACAUGCAGGUUCAUCUGGCAGUGAUCUGUGGUCAUCAUAGGACGUGAUUUGGUGCCACUUCUUCCAUGAUUCCUACAGUAGUGUAAAGCAAUACGGAGUAAAGCAAAGGUUGCUUUUGAUUGUCCAAGUGACAUAGUCUCAAAGGACUUCACCCUUUCCUGUAGCUGUGCCGGUACUGUAUACAGUAAAAGGCAUCCCUCUCCACUCUUUGGAACUACAGUGUCUCAGCUGUUAACAGUGAGCAAACAAUUAAAUUACAGUAACAUGGGACAAAAUUCAACAAAGAAGAACUGGAUCAAUUGUGGAGACGAGAGUGGGAACAGUGUCCAGCACUGCCACUGCUGUUUAAGGUCUCGUUUGCAUUUUAGUGAAACCCCCUCUAACAAAAUAAGGGUCAAGUCUGAGGUGGCAUUGGAGGGAACGGUAUUCAGCAUGUCUAUAAUAAAUGUGCACACCCAGUGGUCUCUGUAACUUACUCCAUUUGUGGACAUUUUUUCAUCAUACUGAUCUGUCUGACUUUGAAAAAAAUAUAUUUAAUAAAUA